AUGGAGUCCCAGUGUGACUACUCCAUGUACUUCCCGGCCGUGCCGCUGCCGCCGCGCGCGGAGCUGGCGGGGGACCCGGGCCGGUACCGGGCGCUGCCCCGGCGCAACCAUCUCUACUUGGGGGAGACUGUCCGCUUCCUGCUGGUGCUGCGCUGCCGGGGAGGCGCAGGGUCCGGCGCCGGGGGUGGCGCGGGCUUGGGCUCUCGAGGGGCCUGGGCAGAACUGGCAACGGCCUUGGCCGCCCUGGCCUCGGUAAGCGCCGGAGGCGGGGCGCCCGGGGGCGGUGGCACCGGAGACCAGGAUCCCGAACCCCCAGGGGGCGGGGAUCCCGGCGGUGGGCCGUUGUUUCGAGGCUGCAGCCCCCUCCUCACCCACGGCCCGGGUCCUGCUACCUCAGGGGGAGCGACCACGCUGCCUGUGGAGGAACCAAUUGUGUCCACAGAUGAGGUCAUCUUCCCACUCACCGUUUCACUGGAUAGACUGCCCCCCGGGACACCUAAGGCCAAGAUUGUAGUGACUGUGUGGAAACGGGAGGUUGAGGCACCAGAGGUCAGAGAUCAAGGCUACUUGCGCUUGUUGCAGACCCGAUCUCCUGGGGAGACGUUCCGGGGCGAGCAGAGCGCUUUCAAGGCCCAAGUGAGCACCCUGCUGACUCUGCUGCCCCCUCCGGUUCUGAAAUGCCGCCAGUUCACUGUGGCUGGAAAACACUUGACCGUGCUCAAGGUGCUGAACAGCUCCUCCCAGGAGGAAAUUUCCAUCUGGGAUAUCCGGAUUCUCCCAAACUUCAAUGCUAGUUAUCUACCUGUCAUGCCUGAUGGCUCUGUGCUGCUGGUGGAUAAUGUCUGUCACCAAUCUGGGGAAGUCUCCAUGGGCUCCUUCUGCCGGCUCCCUGGUACCUCUGGCUGCUUCCCCUGCCCGCUUAGUGCCCUGGAGGAACACAACUUCCUGUUUCAGCUGAGAGGGGGAGAGCAACCCCCUCAAGGGGCCAAGGAGGGCCUAGAAGUUCCCCUGAUUGCUGUGGUUCAGUGGUCCACCCCAAAGCUGCCCUUCACCCAGAGCAUCUACACCCACUACCGCCUGCCCAGCAUCCGCCUGGACCGCCCAUGCUUUGUGAUGACUGCUUCUUGUGAGUCCCCCGUUCGAACUUAUGAGCGGUUCACUGUCACCUACACACUGCUCAACAAUCUCCAAGACUUCCUUGCUGUGAGGCUUGUGUGGACCCCGGAGCAUGCACAGGCUGGAAAGCAGCUGUGUGAGGAGGAGCGCCGAGCCAUGCAGGCAGCCCUGGACUCCAUUGUCUGCCACACGCCCCUCAACAAUCUAGGCUUUUCCCGGAAGGGCAGUGCGCUCACCUUCAGUGUGGCCUUCCAGGCUCUGAGGACAGGACUCUUUGAGCUGAGCCAGCACAUGAAACUGAAGCUGCAGUUCACCGCCAGUGUGUCCCACCCUCCGCCCGAGGCCCGGCCCCUGUCUCGAAAGAGCAGCCCCAGCAGCCCUGCUGUCCGGGACCUGGUAGAGAGACACCAGGCUAGCUUAGGCCGCUCUCAGUCCUUUUCUCACCAACAGCCCUCCCGGAGCCACCUCAUGAGGUAG